AUGAUCCGUCCGGAAGGUGCUGCUGCUGCCGCUGGGGCCGGUGCUGCUACUAUGCCGGUGACAUUUUCAUUCGAAUCGUUCAACCCAGCUGCUGGAAAGUUCAAUCGGUGGUUGGACCGAUUGCAGAUUUCGUUCCGGAUCUACAAAGUAGCCGAUGUAAACAAACGGGACUACUUGCUGUAUUUCAUGGGCGGUGCGGCCUACGAAAUCCUGUGCAACAAGCUGAUGGACGAGCCGCCACUGGAGAAAAGCUGCGAUCAAAUAGUGACGAUUCUCAAGAACCACUUCACUCCUGCUCCGUUGGAAAUACUCGAAAACUUUAAGUUCCAAAGCUGUAAACAAUUGGAACAUGAAACGUUGAGCGACUAUCUGAUGGAUUUGGAGAAAUUAGCCCAGACUUGCAAUUUCGAAGCCCACCUAAACAAAGCUAUCCGGAACCAGUUCGUUUUCGGAAUCCGGAUCCGCGUUAUCCAAUCGCGAUUGCUGGAAGUGCGCGAUUUAACACUCGAGCGGGCGAAGGAGGUUGCGUUCGGUAUGGAGAUGUCGUUCCGUGGGACCGACGAAAUGCAUGGUUUCCGUCUUCGGCCGUCUGCUGAAGUGAAGUACAUCGAGCACGGCAAAACCAAGAAGAAGAAAAGCAACAAUCAACAAUCUUCAACCAACUCGACUGCAGCUGCGUCGUCGAAAAAGUUCGAUGGCCAAAAGAGAACAGGUUACAGAUGCGGCGAUGAUGGUCAUUUGGCCGACAAAUGCAUAUAUGUGACUACCAAGUGCAAGUUCUGCAACAAGAAGGGACAUCUCGAAAAGGUUUACCAGUCGAAAAGGAAGGAAAAGAUGAGAAAAGACGAUGAACAUCAUCCGUAG